AUGGCCAAUCUCCUCUACAUCUUAAUCCUCUUCCUGCUCACCACCGUCCAAAAAGUGCAGUCCCGUACUGCGCCCUUAGACUUCAAAGCCCUCAAAGACAUCCGAGACGCCAUAAAAAACAUCCGUCCUGGCUCCUGCGUGGCCUCCUGGAACUUCUCUCGCAAUGCUCCCGACCCCUGCACUGUCCCUCGCCGCACCUACUUCACCUGCGGCGUCGAGUGCGACCCGACCGCCACCCGAGUCAUCCAACUCAACCUCAGGUCGCAGAGUUACUCCGGCAGCCUCUCCCCAUCCGUCACCAACCUCACCCGUCUCCAGGUCCUCGACCUCUCCGACAAUUCCUUCAGCGGUUCCAUCCCCUCUCUCUCCCUUCUCUCUAACCUCCAAAGCCUGUCCUUGGGAUCCAACUCCUUCUCUGGUUCAUUUCCUUCCUCCAUAACCAAACUCAGUUCCCUCCAAGAAUUAGACAUUUCGCGGAACAAACUCAGUGGGUCUCUCCCCGAUGACUUGACUUCUCUAAGUAGUUUGACCUUGCUCGAUCUUAGCGACAACAAACUGAGAGGGUCUUUGCCUAGACUUCCCCAUAGCUUAAGACAGCUUGCCCUGAGGGCCAAUAGCCUAAAUGGGGAUCUCUCGAAAUCGUCCUUACGCAACUUAACCCGGUUGGAGACGGUCGACCUCGCUGCAAACUCCUUUUCUAAAACACUGCCAAGCUGGUUCUUCCUCCUCGCUUCUCUGGAACAAGUCAAUUUAACGCAAAAUGGACUCGAAGGCGUCCAGAUCGGAAACCAAACCGGCAGGUUCAGCAAACUCGUCGCUAUCGAUCUGGCGUUCAACAAAAUCAAGGGGAACAUAUCCCCAAAUUUUAGCACCUUUCCCCAGUUGGCGUCUCUGUCCCUUCGACAGAACCUGUUGGACGGCCCAAUCCCGACGCAGCUGGGCGAAAUGAAAAAACUCCAGAGGCUGUAUUUGGACGGGAACUUCUUGACCGGGAUUCCGCCUGUCAAACUCUUUUCGAAGUUGACUACUGGCAGUUUCGGAGAUAAUUGCCUGCAGAAAUGUCCGCGAACCUCAUUUCUGUGUUCUGCUCCACAAAAGCCCGCUUCGAAAUGCCUUAAACAACAUGCAGAAUGGUAG